AACGAAACAAAUGUAUUUUAUUUCAUUCUAACUUAUUGCACCGAUGUGCACCAGCGCCGGCACCAGUUUAGAAAGUUCCUCGAAAAAAGUACAAACUGCUAGUGAUUUGGAAACUUUUCACGCGAAACAGCUGAUUGCUCACACCGCACUGUUCGACAUCGUCUUCGACAGCAAGAUGGCAACGAUCGUGAGAGCGCAUUAAGGAACGAGCGAUUUUCGGCAAAUAUCGCCAGUUGCGACGUUCUGAGUGGUUGUCAGCGGUAUUCAUUGGCUCGUGAUUGCGUGUAAAGAUGACCGCAGGCACCAGUUUAGUGGUACCCAUAGUGUUAUGGGGUCGUAUAGCACCGACCCACUGUAUCUCCUGUGUCUAUUUGUCUCGGGAUCAAAAGACACUGGUAACAGGAUGUUACGACGGGCAAAUAUGUCUAUGGCAAGUGGAGCCAGAAACAUUGAAGAUGACUCCAAGAUGCUUGCUUGUGGGACAUACUGCUCCUAUCAUGUGUCUCAGUCGUGCUAGCGUCGUAAUGGAGCAAAAUUUCAUUGUGAGCAGCAGCGAAAGUGGCGAGAUGUGCACUUGGGAUCUAGUCGACGGAAAGUGUCGUGAAGCGGUGAAGCUCAAUAACAUUCAUACGCAAAUGUUGCCCUAUGUUUCUGCGGGCGGAGAAGACGUUAGACUAUUUUGUUCUGGAUAUUAUCCCGAAGUUUUAGUGAUGGAUCCGUUCAGUCUGGAAGUACUGUUCACCCUGAGUUCUCGCGUCAAUCCGGACUGGAUUAGCGCCUUGCACGUUUUGCGGCCGGCCAAACGGAAAGGUCGGUUCUACGUGCAUACAAACGACGUCGUGCUGGCCCUGACGACUACCGGCAUGGUCAAGGUGUGGACGCUCUUGGGACACGAGAAUCGGAAUAGCGAGCCCCUCUACGAGCACGAGAGCAAGCAGAUACGCUGCUUGAACGCACUCGCGAUGACUUGUUGUCCAUACAAUCAACGAACGGUGCUGAUUGUGUGCUCCAAAUUUUGGCAGAUUUAUGACGCCGGUGACUUCUCGGUCCUCUGCUCGAUAACGGCCCCGCGCGGCGAGCGUUGGAUGGCGGGCGAUUUUCUGGCUGCUGAUCGAGUCAUCUUGUGGAGCGAUGAAGGUCAUGGAUAUCUGUACAAACUUCCGGCCAAGGUUCUGGUACAACUUGACAGCAAGCUGAAGGGCAAGGCUCUCAGCAGCGUCGCGGACAACAAGAACUUCCACACCGCCGGUGCCGAGUACGAUCAGCCGUAUUUGUAUUGCACGCUAACGCAGCCCGGAGAUAAGCCUCUUUCAUGUCCGCCGGCGAUGCGACUGGUCACAGUGCAGCGUCAGAACAAGACCCUGAAGUACCUGCUGCGUGGAGACAGCGAAGGUGUUGUUAUCCUGUGGACGGUGCCGGACAUCACGACGCAGCAGCUCGCUCAGAUAUGUCAGAACGAUGGGUCAUCGCCACCCGCGUUAUCACCGACCGUGAAGACGAGUCUUACCGCUGCCUGGGACGCGAUGAAGCCACCUCCUGUGGGAAUACUCGACCAGCUAGACUCCGGCGACGGACAGGGCAUCAAGCUGACCGCUUGCAUAUACUUGCCGCAGCAGAGUCGGCUGGUGGUCGGUCGUGAAGACGGCAGUAUCAUCAUCGUGCCAGCGACACAGACCGUGAUGCUUCAGCUACUCCAUGGCAAUCAUCAGCAGUACGAUGAUUGGCCACCGCAUCAAGUCCUCCUAGGUCACUCGGGACGAGUGAAUUGCUUGCUUUAUCCUCACGGCGCGGCGCCUCGUUAUGAUCGCACUCAUCUCGUUUCCGGUUCCGUUGACUUCGCCGUGUGCCUCUGGGAUCUGUACGCCGGCACGUUGAUCCAUCGGUUUUGCGUUCACGCCGGCGAAAUUACGCAAUUGAUGGUGCCGCCCGACAAUUGCAGUCCCAGGAUACAGAAGUGCGUUUGUAGUGUCGCGUCGGAUCACAGCGUCACGUUACUCUCGUUAGCCGAGAGGAAAUGCGUCGUGCUCGCCUCACGACACCUUUUCCCGGUUGUGACUAUCAAGUGGAGACCGUUGGAUGACUUUAUGAUAGUCGGGUGUUCCGACGGAGCCGUAUACGUCUGGCAAAUGGAAACCGGUCACUUGGAUCGUGUACUGCACGGUAUUAUUGCGGAAGAAGUGCUCUACGCAUGCGACGAGAACACUCUAGCAACUGCCGGAGGAUCCGGCGCUGGCGGUGAGCUAGGAUUAGCCAAUCCUGCCGUGCAUUUCUUUAGGGGUUUACGACAUCGCAACUUGUCGGCAAUCAGACACGCGACCCAGAGGGGGCUGCAUCAGCUGCAGCAACUGCACGGCGGACAUGGUCCCGAUCACGGAAAUCAGAUAAAAGCCAAGGGCUCGCCGCUGAUGAUCCAAGGCUUCAGGAGUAAUCCAAAGGACCCAGAGAGUCACAUUCUGUUCUUCGACAUAGAAGCGUUGAUAGUACAAUUACUCAGUGACGAGUACGGUGCCAUGUCGCCCGGUUCUCUGGAAGCGCAAGGCUUGAUUUCCGCCGCCGAGUAUCAGAAAGUUGCGGCGCUCACUCAGUCCGCUAGUCCUGAUGCUCACAAAAAGAUUGUCGACUUUUUUGGUCGUGUCAAGGAUAAAGCGGGCGAUGUUGAGCGAAUAUUGAAGGAGAAGGAUCGUCACGGUAUAUUGGCUAAGAUGAAGGAGGGUGCGGAGAAUGUGCACACUAAGUUACAGGCCAAAGCGGAAAGCGUCGGCCUCAAGCCGUCAACGUUUGACGGCAAAGGUGAAAAUUGGAACAACAACGACGUGACGAAGAACAACUUGAAGCGGAAUGGCGCGUUCAGCGAGCCCAACGCAACGAUGGAAGUAGCCCAAUUGCUGUUGAGCCUUUUGCACGCCUGGGGCAUGGAUCCAGAUUUGGAUCGGGUCUGCGAGGGAAAGCUGGGUUUGCUGCGGCCUAUGGUUCCUGUAUCGUUCGGCGUGUUGUCUAAGGGAGGUUACAUGUCGUUGUUACUACCAACUUGGCAGACACAGCUCGAGCCGGUCGGCGAGCCCGCAACGCAGUUGGAGCAGCGCUUACCAGCUGAACUGGUCAGACAAGAGAGGCUCACUAGAGCAUUCACUGCGAGAGCGCAUUGGGAAUUAUCGACAACUUUAACGAGCAAUCAUUUAUUGGCCGUGGUCGCUUUGGCAAACACUUUAAUGUCGAUGAACAACGCGACGUUUGUACCUGAACAAGAGCGAAAUCGUAAGAUGCACAGGCCGGGAAAUAGAGGUGCAGUGAACUGGAAUAAAACGGAAGAGGAAAAUGAGGAGAUCUACACGGUGCAACAGGCACAAAUCAAGCAGGGUUGGUCCCUUCUCGCAACGUUGCAUUGUGUAUUGUUACCCGAUAAGGUCGCGACGCAAGGUGGCGCGAAGACUUUCAAGCGACCGCAAGUAGAGAUGAUGGCACGAAGAUGGCAACAUCAGUGUGUGGAGAUUCGAGAAGCAGCGCAAGCUUUGCUGCUCGCCGAACUUGGCAGGAUGGGACCAAAGGGUCGUAAAGCGCUUGUCGACAGUUGGUCGCAAUAUUUGCCAAUGUACAGCACUCAAGAACCUAUCGCGCCACAACCGCAGAGCCAGAACUCGCCGGCGCCCGGAAGCCCAGUGCCGCCGUCCGAAUCGCAACCGGAGGAAGAAGAUGAAGAGGAGGAAUUAGCGGAAGCAGAAAUGAGUAUAGCCAGGAAACCGUCGAGCGUAGCGGAAUUGAAACGAAAGCAAACCACAGCGGUGGUGCUGUUGGGCGUGAUAGGAGCCGAAUUUGGUCAGGAUGUAACCACGGUGAAUCAGAGAAGAGACAACGAGCAAAGACGGAAGAGCUCGAUCGUAGAGGGCUUCGGUAUAGGAAAUAACAAUCUCGCUAGGCACACCAGCAUGGCGCUCACUCAUCUCUUGCACGCGCCUCAUUCUCCGAAGUUGCCAAUGCACACUGCGCUACGAAGGGCUGCCAUCGAUCUCAUUGGUAGGGGAUUCACCGUGUGGGAACCUUAUCUCGACGUGUCGAAGGUUUUACUGGGCCUAUUGGAAAUGUGUUGCGACGCGGAUAAGUUAGUGCCGAGCCUGACGUACGGCCUUCCUCUCACACCGCAAGCCGACACUUGUCGCACAGCUCGUCACGCUUUGACCUUGAUCGCCACCGCUAGACCAGCCGCCUUCAUCACCACGAUGGCCCGCGAGGUCGCGAGAUUCAAUACUCUUCAACAGAACGCUCAGACGUUGAACGUAAAUUUAGGCGCGAGCGUAUUGACCAGGGCGAAGCCAGAGAUUCUCAGGAUCGUGGAACAGUUGAUCGACAAGAUGCAAAGCGAGAUGAGCGAUCUUCUUGUGGAGGUCAUGGACAUCAUUCUGCAUUGUUUGGAUCCAGGCCACCUGAAGAUGAAGCCUCUAAACGAAGUAUUCCCGGCAGUGUGCAGAUUCAAUCAGGUCAGUCACUGUCCGGCUACACGCAGGAUAGCAGUUGGUAGUCGCAGCGGUCAGUUAGCAUUGUAUGAGUUAAGAGGCAACGUGAAAUGUCAGACCGUCUCGGCUCAUUCGGCACCGGUUACCGCGUUAGCGUUCUCACCGGAGGGAAAGUUCCUCGUCAGUUACUCUUGUUCCGAGAACAAGCUCUGUUUCUGGCAGCAAACCAGCAGCGGCAUGUUCGGCUUGGGUAACUCGCAGACGCGUUGCGUCAAGUCGUACAGCACAGCGCCUAUCAACGAUGUGGCACGAUUGAAUCCUAUGCGCUUGGCACGGUUGAUAUGGAUCAACAAUCGCACAGUCACCCUGAUGCUCGCGGACGGCUCGGAGACGCGUUUCAACGUCUGAACGCGAUCGCGCAAGUUUGGCCGACACUCGCCGAAGUUCGUUCGGCGAGUGACGCGAGCAGCUUGCUCGCCGUCUUCGGCGCUGGCGCGCAUUGCGCCAAACCUGGUUUACACAGUGUCUCCUUGUCGGCAGAUUUUUUACGAGAGUAUUAAGCAUAAUCAACGCAACGAUACUAGCGACGCAAUGUUUUUCUAUGUAGCUUGAUAGCACCCGAAACACUAUAGAGCCGCUAACGAGUCGUUAACGGAUUUUUUCAGAAGAAUGUUAAUGAGCAGAGGGGAAGGAGCGAUUCUCCAUGUGCGUGUGUGUCAAGCUUGAGGAAGCACGUAUACAGCAGAAAUUUAGCAGCGAUUGUAAUUGUAUCCAGUUAGCGGGAGAGCAGCACCGUGUAAUCCAGGCGUCGGCGCUGACCGCAGUUACGAAAUGUUUCCUCUGUUUAUUAGCAUUGUUGGAAAUGCAAGAUUUAGAAGAUCACAGCUGCUGAGCAAAGUUAUGUCGGCGCGACUCUAGCCAAAGUAUAAUUCAGCCGAGAGAGCGCCGUCGCCGAUAUUCCGGCGCGUUCGUUGGUUAUUUAAUUGAUAAUGUUAGUAUUGAAUAAUCCGAACAACUACGCUAUGUUUCACCGUGAGCACUAUGUUGCCGUCACAUACGACCGGUUACCGGACGCUGGGUCCGGUGUUCGACACGGCUGGAACGUACAUGGACCAUCGGCAGUAAUUUCGCACGGAUCAGCCAAGCUUUCAGAGGGGCCGCGCGACACGAAUUUGUUCCUUCCAAUCCCCCGGAAGCCGUGGCGCUGGUUAGACGUAUACAGUUCGUUGCAUAUUGUCGCGAGGAAGUUUUAGUCUUAUUAACGAUCGAAUAUUUUGUCAUACACUUAGAUACUCGGUAGGGGUAGGGGAGAAGUUGCAAUCCAGUAUCGUUUUAUUCGAAGUCACGGAGGGACACACAUUCUACUUGUACCUUUAUUCUGUAAAUAUUGCUCGUGAAACGGCGACCAGCGGCUUCCGGGGGAUUGAACUCACACGCGUCUCUUCGUCGCCUCCCUUCGUUACUUGGUUUCCUCUCGGUGGGUCUCCUCGAGUCUCACACGGGUUCUUCGGUCCGCGAGACUUUCGCCGCGUGUCUCUCGCUACGCUUACCGAGCAAAGCACUCAUUAGCCAGAUAUUGAGAAGUCUACGUUGUCCCGAUCGCGCAUUUCUUGAUUUUAGUAAGUAGCGAAUGUGCAUAAGGAAGAGACAGUUGAAGGAGGAGAGUAUAGUUAAGAGCGCCAGCGACGGAAGCGCUUGUCCGCGGUCGUCGCCUUGCCGCUCCGCUGUCAGGUCUAACACUUGUCACGCUAAUUUGACGAUAUUCCACGAUUGACUAACCGACACUAGUAUUUAUUUCAUCACCGUAGGAUAUGGAGUGAGGAACGAGUGCGCUCACGCUCUUCGAAGAUGCGCCAUAUUAGCCAUAUUAGCCAAAUUCUCAUUGCUCGUCUAGACGGCGGCAGGCAAAAGUCGCUCGAUCCUCCGUCAAAUUUUGUCUGAACAGAGAUAAGAUUCACGGAGUCUAGACAGAUAAUGCCCCGCCGUCUAGACGGAUGAUGAUGAGAACCCGGUCCAAUUCGAAGAGUCGCAUCGCCUCACCGCUCUUCUGUCGUUCUCUCUCUCUCCCCUCUCUCUCUCUCUCUCUCUCUCUCUCU